GAAGGUCAGACAUGGAUUGUGACAUUGAGCUAGAGCAGAUCAUAGGGACUGCACUGUCCCUAGAAGAGGACUAUCCCGAAUUCUCUCUUCCAAAAAUGGAUAAAGCAAAUGUAAACACCAUUCGUGGGUCUAUAGAUCUUCUUCCAGCCGCCCAAGUCCAAGUGCCGCUACAAAAUACCUGGCAGCAGACUCUACUGGAACUUUACUCUGUAUUGGGAAUUCCUCAAGAAGUCAAGGUGGGCAGGACAAUGCAUAAGAUUGUAAGGGACGAUCAGUCAACAUCGGCCUUGUCCCCUGGAAUCAAAGAUAAGCCAAGUGAGCGCUCCAGCUGCUUAAAACGGCCUCUAUGGGAAGAGGAAGAAAGAGUGUGUAAGAAAAUGAAAUCUGAGCCUGAAGACCUUCUGCCCACCUUGAGUGCCAGGUCAAGAAAGAGGACCAUCUACACAAAGGAACAGACUGACUUCCUCCAAAAUCAGUUUGAUAUUAACCCUUAUCCGGACUUUGUUAGCCGGUGCCACAUCGCUCAGUUGACUGGUGUCCCGGAGCCCAGGAUACAGGUCUGGUUUCAGAAUAGAAGGGCAAGACAUCUCUCCAAAAUCCACAGAUCCCAGGAACCCACUAUACAGGAAGCAUCAACUCUUACAGGAACCCAAAAGUUAAUCAGCCAUGUACAUCAAAGCACAAAUCCACGGAGCCCACGGAGUCAAGACCAAUACCUCCCCGACAUGGUAACCUGCAUGGUAACUGAGCUGUAGGUUCAUCAAGAGAUGCAUAUCAUGGAAACUGUCUUCUUGUUUUACCAAGAGCUGCAGAUCAUGGAUAUUAAAUGGAAAUUGCGUUCUAGGUUCAACAAGAGUGGUAGAUCAUGGACAUAAAAUGAAAACUGUGUUUGUGUUUAACAAAAGCUGCAGGUCAUGGACAUAAAAUGGAAACUGUUUUCUAGGUUCAUAAAGAGCUGCAGAUCAUGGGUAUUAAAUGGAAAUUGCGUUCUAGGUUCAACAAGAACUGUAGAUCAUGGACAUAAAAUGAAAACUGUGUUUAUCAAAAGCUGCAGGUCAUGGACAUAAAAUGGAAACUGUUUUUUAGGUUCAUCAAGAGCUGCAGAUCAUGGAUAUAAAAUGGAAGCUGUGUUCUAGGUUUAUCAAGAGCUACAGAUCAUGGACAUAAAAUGGAAACUGUUUUCUAGGUUCAUCAAGAGCUGCGUAACAAGGACAUAAAAUGGAAACUAUGUUCUAGAUUCAUCAAGAGCUGCAUAACAUGGAUAUAAAAUGGAAGCUGUCUUCUAGGUUUAUCAAGAGCUACAGAUCAUGAACAUAAAAAUGGAAACUAUGUUCUAGAUUCAUCAAGAGCUGCAUAACAUGGAUAUAAAAUGGAAGCUGUGUUCUAGGUUUAUAAAGAGCUACAGAUCAUGGACAUAAAAUGGAAACUGUGUUCUAAAUACACCAAUCAUGAGGAUAAAAGUCAAUUACCAGCAUUUCCUACUCUGCAAUACACUUUGAUAAUAUGACAAAACUGCAGCGAAAUGUUGUGCACAGAAAUGUACAUUUAUUAAUGAUAGAACCAACAGAGAAUGGACAAUCUUUUA